GCUGAAUUUGGAGUUUGGCGUGUUGGAGGAGCUCAGGUGUUCUUGGUGAAAUGCGAUGAGCUUUUCAGAUGUUGAGCAGAUAUGAGCGCAGUCUGUCCAUCUACACCUCAUUUAACAUCAUGGAUCAUGAAGAGAUGUUUGAUAGGUUUAGUUUUGCUUUACUGGAAAGGUUGUGUGGUUCUGUCCUUCAUUCCAGCUUUACUUCAGGUGGUGUCUAACGGCCUCCAGCACACUCCACGUCUGUCGUGUUGUGACUCAGAUGAGUUAAAGACGCUCCCACAUCUCAGAGACAUGCAGCGGCAUGAACGUGUUCAUGUUGACAGGAGAAACGGCUCGUGUGUGUGUGUGUGUGUGUGUGUGUGUGUGUGUGGAAGUAUGUGGAAGGCAUCGGUGAGGUUCAUGCCGUCUGCUCCACCAUCCUCAGAACUCAUGAAGAGAGAAGAUGAGUCCGUGAGCUGAACAGACAGAGAUCAUCAUCGUAUCAACAACACAUCUCCACAGCUUGUCAGCAUGUUUCAGAGGAAAAAGAAGAAGAGAAGGUUGGAGAUCUCUGCACCGAAGAACUUCCAGCACCGGGUCCACACGUCCUUCGACCCGGUUCACGGCUGUUUCAUUGGCCUGCCGCCUCAAUGGCAAAGUCUCAUAGAAACACUGAAGAGACCCAAACCCGUGGUGGACCCGUCCGGCAUCACGCACGUGCACCGCAGACCGAAGAAGAGCAUCGUGCGCGGCAGCUUCAUCGGACACGACGAUUAUAUUUCUGCGGCGAUCGCGCAGUUGAGUCGACUGUCAGUGAGCAGCUCGAACUCUUUGAGACGCAGCAGUCCGUCUCUGCGCAAACGCGCGCAGUCUCUCGGCCGCCUGACAGAACUCACUGAAGGGGAAACAUACGAGUAUCAGGGACUGAAUGAAGCCAAUCAGAGAAACGGAAAGCAGGUCACAGACUGCCGCACGAGAUCCCGACAGGUCCACAGUGAAAGUGGAAGUCCACGGGCCGGGUCUAAGAUGACCUUUAACUGCAGUGACGACCGACCGAGAGCCAAGUCGAUUCACGAAGCGUCGAUGCUGAUGGAAGAAACGGCGCUCAUGCCGCGGGAUAUAUUACUCCUGCCCAGAGCUGCUCGUGAACGGCCCGUGGUUUCAAGAACCGGCGGCAGAAACAGCGAAAGGCCCGUGUCGUGUCUCUACAGCACAUACAGUGCGGCCGACGAAUCAAACAUCAGACCGAGCACGAGCGUGAGCGCGGGUCAGCCAAGAGUGUCAACACCCGCGAGACCGCACUCCGCUUACAACUUCAAGAUAAAUUCUGCCGGUGACCCAGCCGGAUCCAAACCCACUGUCACCAGUAGUCCAAAACCAGUUCAUGGACCCCUCGCCCACCACACUCCACGUCAAUUCUCUAAUGGCAACUCCAGAAAUUCACUCAUCAACAUCUCAACCGCUUCAGCCUCAGUCCCGCCAACACAAGACAGCCCGUCCCAGCCCAGACCCUCACCCACGGGCUCCUCCGCGAGUCCAUCGGGUACAUCAUCGCCCUGUCUCAGACCAGCCCAAACACCCAGCGUCAUCACAGAACCACCCAAAGUCACUCAUGAACAGUUCAAAGCCGCUCUUCAGAUGGUCGUGGACCAAUGUGACCCUCGGACGUAUCUGGAGAACUUCGUGAAGAUCGGAGAAGGCUCGACGGGUGUGGUGUGCAUCGCCCGGGAGAAGCACAGCGGGAGACAGGUGGCGGUGAAGAUGAUGGACCUGAGGAAACAGCAGAGGAGAGAGCUGCUCUUUAAUGAAGUGGUCAUCAUGAGAGAUUACAGACACAGGAAUGUGGUGGAGAUGUUUAAGAGCGCUCUGGUGGGUGAAGAGCUGUGGGUUAUCAUGGAGUAUCUGCAGGGCGGCGCUUUAACCAACAUCGUUUCUGAAACCAGACUGACAGAAGAGCAGGUGGCUACAGUGUGUGAAGCUGUACUUCAGGCUCUGUGUUAUCUUCACGCUCAGGGUGUUAUUCACAGAGACAUCAAGAGUGACUCUAUAUUACUGACACUCGACGGACGGGUGAAGUUGUCAGACUUUGGAUUCUGUGCUCAGAUCAGUAAAGACAUCCCCAAGAGAAAAUCAUUGGUCGGAACACCAUACUGGAUGGCACCAGAAGUCGUCUCAAAGACGCCCUACGGCACCGAGGUGGAUGUGUGGUCUUUGGGCAUCAUGGUGGUGGAGAUGGUGGAUGGAGAACCUCCAUACUUCAAUGAGACACCCAUAACAGCCAUGAAGAGACUGAGAGAUGAGCCGGCACCUACUGCCAGAAAUAUACACAAGAUUUCUCCGGUUCUGAGAGACUUUCUGGACUCGAUGUUAACUCGUGAUCCCCUGAAGAGAUCGAGCGCUAGUGAUCUGCUCCAGCACCCAUUCUUACUUCAGAGCGGAUCUCCUCGAUGUCUGGUCCCACUGGUGGAACAGCACCGCAAGCGCAUGUCUCGCUGCUGAGAAGAACAUUCUCACCCUGAUGUAUGACAGGAGUCUUUCAUGAGCACUUCUCAGACUUCAGACGUUCAGUGGUUUUCACUUCAUGGCGCACACUGUCUGAGGGAUUUAUACUUGUGAGCUCAAAAAAUGGUUUGUACAACAUGUGAGGAUUCAUUUUGAUUCACGUUGACAUCAAAAAUAAAAUGUUGCUAUUGUUGUACAGUAACACUGUGUGUCGUGAUAAAUGUAUAUAUGGAACUAAAGUUACCAUCUUCUAAACCACUUCACUGUGUGUAAAUAAUCAAUAUAAUUCUAUUCAUUCACAAUAAAUCUUAUUCAUUCAAUUUGAUUUGUAAAGCACUAAUGUUGCAUUGUUUCAGAGCAGCUUUACAGGGAGAAAAACACCGAGAGCAGUAGAAAACAACACACUGAAUGGUAUUAUAGAAAGCACUGUUAAUGUACAGAACCCUGCGCUAAUCUAAUAUCAUUACUGGUGUACCGUAUGCAACAUUUCAAAUGUUUCUUUGGCUCAUAAAAUGACCCUGGAUCUCUCUGAAAUCACACAACUGCAGUCAUAUUCAUAUAUUUACUUUGAUCCGCUAAAUGUAGUUAUUUUAGACGUAUACAGUAGUCAUUUAGACUUCAGGAAUUACAUUUUUAAGGCGUUGUCAAAGUUUCACAAAUGUAGUGGUGUUCAUCUUUACAAAAACGCACACAUGUGAAGCGUGUGAAGUGAAUGACCGAUCGGAUAGGUGACAGUACGUCAGAUUAUCUGUUAACUGAUACAGUUGUUGUUUGCACUUAAUGCUCAGUGCUGCUGCUCUUCAAGUGGACAAGACUUCACGUUUAAAUAUAGAAGAGAAUAUCUGAGAGACAUUUGUUAACGUUAGUAAAUGCGUUAACUAACAUGACCCGAGGAUGGACAGGUUUUGUCAUGCAUCAAUCCUUGUUAACAUCAAUAUAAUUAUUCAUGUUAGUUUAGUGUGCAUUGACAAAUGUUAACAGUUAGUUUGUUUGAUUUUAAAAAAGUAUGUGUCAAAUAAAUGUAAUUAAUAAGAACCAAUGUAAUAAAUGCUGGUGUUAGCUAAUGCGUGAAGUCAUUAACAAACAGCUUUAUUAGUGUUACCAAUAUUUGUGUGGCCGAGUAGAGACGCCCAAAUCAGAUGCAAUACUUGAGCAUUUGAGUUUUAAUAUUUAGCUCAAUAUUUUAACUUGCUCAUUUUGGGAAUUAAAUCGUUUCUUGUGUUUUAAAUGCUUCAGAAACAUUCCUUCUGGAUAUUAAGACUUCUUAAAAUAGUUGAAAAAAUAUUUGUUUGUUUUGUGUUCCCUGAAGAAAGAGUCAUAUACAGGUUUAUAACCACACGAGAGAGAAUAAACGACAGAAUUUUUAGACAAAUUUAGCCUCUUCUCUUCAUUACAAUAAAAGGAAAAUUCUUUGUUCUGUGGUACAUUUGUUAUAGUUA